ACAGCGUUAAACAGCGUUUUCUUUUCUUUGAAGAAUUGCGUUGAUCUGGAAUUUACUGGUAUAAUGACUUUUCAUCUGACGGUCUAAUUGGAAAAUUGAAUGCUUCAAGUUUGUUGAUGAAACGUUUGGUACCAAGAUUCUCAACGUUUAACACACAAUUUAACGCGCAGGAAUUCCAGCACAACACGGGUUUGCUGGGUUUCUUCAAAUUGUAGAAAUUUUUAGAAGUGUAUUUUGGCUUCCGAGGUUUUCUGGAUUUGAUUAUAAAAGCCGUGAGAGAUUAAAAUCCUUAAUUGAGAGGUGGGUUUGUCUGUGUGUUUCGUCGUCCGUACAUCCCGUUUCUGAGUUUCGUACGCAUGCUUAUUGCUCGCCUUAUAAUCUUGUCGCAAUUGUUGUUCCCAUCAUUUUCUCUUCUGCCGGCUUUAGAAUUCUUAUCCUCAGAGUUGCUCUGAUGCAUCUGCAGCGGAAGAAAUUCAUAGACGAUGAAACUCUUUCCUUGUCUUUCAUAUAGCCCAAAUUUUCUAAUAUUUGAUCUGCACCGGCAUUUGCAUUGUGUAGUUUUCGGUGUUAUUCUCUGUGGCCGAGUUUGUUUACGCAGAGAAAUAGGGGUAUAUUUGAUAUUCUUUCGGUCUUGAAGUAUCAGAGAACAAUUGUUGCAUGUUUGUGAAAUCAGAAGGUUGCGGAUUUACAGCAAAUACGGCCAGUGAAAUUUUUAGGAGGAUCAGUUGGGCGUCGGUUUAGGAAUUUUUUAAAAAAAAGGAAGUUUUGUUCUAGUCCGCAUGUGCGUCAUUGCUUUUUCUGGAUCGGUUUUGCGCUAUAUUUAGCGCAAGUAUCACUACGUCUCUUUCUUUGUUUUCGUUGCCUUCUGAGCAGUUACUUUAACUGAAGGAUUUUGGCCAAAAAGCGGAACAUAAUUUUCUAUUUUGCUGUUAGCGCAUGAGUUAAAAAACGGUGCCUCUUGAAAACUGUGUUGUGUUUAAAAGUCGGAGGACUUUUUCUUGGUUGAAUUCUGAAGAACAUUUGUUUAAGGCCGGCCGGCGAGAGGAUCCGCGUAGUUUUCGCGUCAAUAUUAAUAUUUGUACCGUUUGCUUGCAUUCAAAGGAAGUUGAGAAGCAGUUGCAGAACUGAGUCUAAUGGCGAUGGAGGAUCAAAAUGAAUCGGUAUUUCAGAUGUUGAAAUUUUCUACUCUACCGAUUGCAAAGGUUUUUGUUAUGUGCCUGCUUGGAUUUAUUUUGGCUUCCAAGUAUGUCAACAUUCUUACGCCGAGCGGAAGAAAGCUUCUCAACGGGCUAGUGUUCACACUCUUUUUGCCAUGCCUAAUCUUCACACAGUUGGGGAGGGCUGUGACAAUACAAAAAAUGCUGGAAUGGUGGUUCAUUCCUAUGAAUAUUGUGUGUGGCACAAUUUCUGGAUCGCUUAUAGGAUUAGGUGUGGCAUUAUUUGUUCGACCACCAAAGGAAUACUUCAAAUUUACAAUUGUGCAAAUUGGAAUUGGGAAUAUUGGGAAUGUGCCCCUUGUGUUGAUUGGCGCAAUGUGCAGAGAUAAAAAUAAUCCAUUUGGCGAUUCUAAAAUGUGCAAUGAAACUGGGAGUGCUUACAUAUCAUUUGGUCAAUGGGUUGGUGCAGUGAUUCUGUACACCUAUGUAUUCUAUAUGCUUUCACCCCCAGCAACAGAAGAUUCUGUGGCUGAUGGGGUUAAACCAAACACAGAAAUUGCCGAUUCAACAAGGAUCCCGUUGCUUGCAGCUGAAGAAGGGAUUGUUGAUCAUGUUUCAAAACCAUUGGAUUGGCGCUCAAGGGUAAAGGGGGUGAUGGCUGAAGUGUCUUCAUUUCUAGAGCGUUCAAAAAUAAAGCAAAUACUUCAACCACCCAUAAUAGCCUCGAUACUUGCUUUGGUCAUUGGCAUCACUCCUUUUCUAAAGCAUUUGAUUUUGACAGAUGAUGCACCGCUUUUCUUUAUUACUGAUUCCUGUGUCAUUCUUGGGGGUGCUAUGAUUCCUUGCAUUAUGCUGGCUCUUGGUGGUAACCUUAUUGGAGGUCCAGCAAAUUCUAAGCUUGGGAUACGGACAACUGUAGCCAUUAUAUUUGCUAGAUUAAUCUUGGUGCCUCCUGUUGGUCUUGGAAUUGUUACUUUGGCUGAUAAAUUAGGGUUUUUACCUGCAAAUGACAAAAUGUUUCGAUUUGUUCUGCUACUUCAGCACACAAUGCCAACUUCCAUUCUUGCAGGGGCUGUCGCUAACUUAAGAGGCUUUGCAGAGAAAGAAGCUUCGGCAAUUUUAUUCUGGGUUCACAUCUUUGCGAUGUUUUCUAUGACCAUGUGGAUCACACUGUAUCUGAACAUAUUGUUUUGAUAGCAACACAAGGACCACAGAACCAAUGAAUUUUGUUUUUGGUAGGCCAAAUUGCCAGCAUCAUAUUGCGCACUUAUUUUACACUAACAUUCAACAAAGAGAAGCAUCUGCUAUUUGACAGGCAGGCGGGGGGACAAACAUUCUUCACCCAUUAAGUGAAGUCCUUGGAAAUUUAAGGGAAUGAUUUGUUAUAUGUAUUUAAGUAUGGCUGAGGCCAUCCUUGUAAUGAUAAUGAUGAAAAUCAAUUAUGUAGCAUAUGUAAAUUGAAAAACAAAUUACGUGAAGGUGGUUUUCCUUGGAAAGAUGGCUCAUGUAUAGAUGUGAUUUCUUGCAUGACUCUUUUUUCUGAGAGCAAAGAAACUACCAGUAAAAGUAAUAUAGAUCUGGACUUCUUAAUUUUGGUAAA